AUGGAUAAAAGCGAUUUAUAUCGUUUUGCUCUUUUGAAUCAUUGGAGAAAGGAAAGGGAAAAGUAUCCCCGACCUAAUCCAUAUGAGGAUGGUAGCGAAUUCGAAGAUGAAUUCGAUGAUAUUGAUGUGGAUGAGAAUGAUUUUGAUGAAGAGUAUAUGGUGGAAUUAAGAGCUGAAGUGCCAUCAUCUGAUGAUGAUGAAGUUGAUGAUGAUGAUGUUGGGGAUGAUGAGGAUGAGGGUGAUGAUGUUGGUUAUGAGGUUAAUGAUGAGCUUAAUGAUGAUGAUGAGGGUGAUGGAGUUGAGCAGCUGAUUAGUGAGGAAUUGUUCCUAUUCAGCGAUGUAAAGAUUGCGAAACUCUAUAAGAUGGAUUUGGUGCACGACAAGGACUCGAUAGAGUACGGCAUUGAGGACGAUAGAUUAAAAUGUCGUGAUGGUCCCUUCCUAAGAGAUGAAGUAGACUUUUGGCAAAGAAGUGAUAUCGAGCUUACCAUCAAUGAACAAUCUGAAGAAAAAGAGAGAGGAUGCUUUCAUUUCUUCGCUCGAAUCUUCAGGAGAUUGUUCAAACGAAAGUAA